UUUGACCAUUCAAAAUAUGUCACUAUACAUAAAAAUCAAGAUUGUUCAUUGUCUACUCCUAUUUCAACCGGAUUUCCCCUUCGGUUUUACCCAAGUCAAACUGCAGCCGGUUGACUCUGUGAUGUCGCGGUAGCUUCGGUGUGAACGACGAAUAUUGGGAUUUCACACAGAGUGGCUGUCUCAUAAACAUUAGUAGAAACUUCAGUCUGAUACUUCAUUGAAAUAAGGCAACUUGGGUCUUUCUAUAAUGAAUUGUCAAUGCUACUAGAUUAAUUUAUAAUCCAAUAAUGUUUUGAAGUGCAGAGGCUUUUGAGUCAAUCCCAACUAUGAAGAGCGCCGUCAGAAUUUCUGCAUUGCUGUGGGCUGACAUAUUAGUGCUCUACGCCCUGUUUGAGAUGCAAGACUAUCUCACUGAAGUUUGGGGGCUAAGUUUCACCCACGCUGCUGGAAUCCUCAACGUCUGGAAUGGGAUCUCUCUCGUUCUCCAACCUCUCUUCCUCUUUGCCGUCAGCACUUUUCUCGGAAAUUUCUACAUGCUCGUGAUCUCCAGCUCGUCUUACACUCUGGGAAUCUGGCUUCUGUUCAUGUCAGCUCCUCCGGUUCUUGCCAAUGCAACGGGCACGUGCAAGCAAUACGAGCAGGAAUGCAUAAGCAAAACACACAAGGCUCUCCUCUACACGGGGAUGGCGUUGAUAGCUGUUGGAGUAGCUGGCAACAACGUGUCCGUGCUAUCAUAUCUCAGAGAGCAACCGGAUAACAAAUCUAGGGGUGCGGUGAUAGGUUGUUUGAAGAUACCAGGUAUGGCUAUGGUUGCUAUUGUAGGCUUAGCAGGAGCCAUCGCGCUCCCUUACAUAAAGCCAUGGACAUACCGGUUUGGAAUACCAGCGGUCUGCACUACAAUCGCUGGCAUAGCAUUUCUGACCGGUUUAUGCUUUUGCACAUUCGAUUUCCCUGACCCGAAUAGGAAGCGGAUAGAGAACUUGGGAAGAAUGUUUUCCCUCCGUAUGUUACCAAUGUGGCUGACAUUCUUGGUGUGCGGGAUCAUCUCCUCAACGGGAAACACAUACUUUGUGGAGCAAGCAAAGAACCUAGACCGGCACCUUGGAUCAUGGGAGGUUCCUACUCAGGUGCUGCUGCUGGCUCAGACUUAUUUAGGAAUGUUGCUCGCGUAUUUGGUAUAUGUGUUUCUCAAUGGACACGGGGUUGUAAAGGCUAAGAUAUUGGGUGUCCUGUGCUGCAUAGCGGCUGCAGGGGUGGAGAGGAAGAGACUUGGGGUGGUUAGAAGCAAGGGGUUGUUGGAUAAACAGGAGGAUGAUGUCCCAAUGAGCGUGUAUUGGUUGUUGUUCCAGUUCGUGCUGCUGGGAGGCAUGGACAAGUUGUUAGAGAAGAGCGUGGCGGAGUUUGAUGAAGAAGGCAUAGCAGCAAGAGAAGGCAAUGAGCCUGAUCCUAAUGAGUUGAAGAGAUUGUGUAUGGAGAUAUUUAGCAAGGGGGUGUGUGGGCUGGGGUUCAUGUGUGGUGUGCUAUUGGUUUAUGUUGCGGGGAAAAUAAGUGCAAAGGGAGAUGAACCGAACUGGUUCCAGUUCAGCUUGAACCGGAGUCAUUUGGACCGCUACUAUUGGGUACUCGCAGUUCUGAGCAGUCUCAGUCUUUUCCUAUACGUCGUCGUUCGCCAGUGUUGCUGCUGUUUGGGGCGGUGACAUUUUUCGUUUAAUUUGCGUAUUUCUAUGUCUCAAUUAUUGAAGUUCCUUCCUAGCAAGGGGCCAACUUGUCUUAUGCUUUUUUCUUAAUUUAUCGUACCAUUAUAAAUAUGAGUGAUUUGAUUUUUUUAA